AUGUUCGCACCAAAGAAAGAGAUGUUUCUCCCCGUAGGCACGAAGCACGAGAACAUCAUGUGGGAAAAGGAGAUGAAGGAAAGGAUCAUGUCUCACGCCCGUAUCGUCUACGCCGACAAGCUUUCGCCAUCUUCACACUUCGAUAUCAUCACCGCGCUGGACAAGAGUGGCGGUACCUCUCGCUACAGAGCUCAUCUCCUCGUAAUCAAUGCGCCGAUCGGCACCGACUACAAAGUCGUCUUCUCGGCUCAUGCGAGGAAUUCUGUUGGAGAUGGCUUGGAGUCUAUGUUGGAGAUCUUGCAGCAGAAGGUGGCCCCUCUCUUGAGUAAGUCUUUGAUCCACAUUUCACAAGACUGGCUCAUUGUACAAUGCUAA